AUGUCUUCUUCAUACGGGAAGAUAGAUGAAGCUGAACAAGCAAGGCUUGAAGCUCGUCGGAAAACGAGAAAGAGAAUUACCAUAAUAGUCUUGUCCUCUAUCGUCCUGGUCGCCAUUAUUGUCGGGGCAUUAGUGGGAACUCUCACUUCUCGUGGUGGUGGUGGUGGUGAUUCCUCUUCUUCGUCAUCCACUCCUCAAUCGGUUUCGGAUUCUAUAAAGGCAGCUUGUAAGGCGACCUUGUAUCCGGAUUCAUGUUACACCAGCCUCUAUGCAAUGCUGACCAAUUCCAGUAACAUUGAUCCUCAACAACUGGCCAAGUUGUCCGUACAAAUCGCCAUAACAGAACUAUCCAAAGUGUCGGAUCAAGUGUCCCUCCUGGAAUCACAAGGCAAACUCGACAAUAUGUCCGCAGCUGCAUUGCAGGAUUGUGUGACUCUCAUGGAUCUGGCCAUGGACCACCUCAACGAUACUCUCUACUCCACUCAGCUAACGGCGCUCCAAGCAGCGGACGAUCUCAGAACCUGGUUAAGCGCAGCUGGGACUUGUCAAGACACCUGUCUAGUGGGCCUUCAGAAUGCUUCGCAGAGUCUGCAGACCCAAAUGGGACAGUAUACCCAGAACUCCACUGAGUUCAUCAGCAACAGCCUCGCAUUGGUCACCACAAUAUCAAACAUCGCAUCUUCUAUCAAGAUGGGGAGACGUUUGAUGAGUAGUAGCAAUGAUCAGGAAGUCGAAGUCGGCGAGUUCCCAGUUUGGCUGAGUGCAGCAGACCGGAAGCUACUCAAGAAAUCGGCAAAUCAGAUCAAGCCGGAUUUGGUGGUGGCACAGGACGGGUCCAGCAAGUACAGGACCAUCAGCGAGGCACUGAAAGCUGUUCCUGAUAAGAGCAAGAAGAGGACAGUCAUCUACGUGAAGAAAGGAGUUUACAAUGAGAAAGUUACGGUCCUAAGCAGCAAAUGGAAUAUCAUGAUGAUCGGUGAUGGCAUGGGUGUCACUAUCGUCACCGGCAACCUCAAUUUCGUCGACGGCACUCCCACUUUUCAAAGUGCCACAGUCGUUGUGUAUGGGAAAGGAUUCAUGGCUACGGGGAUGGAAAUUCGCAACACUGCAGGGGCAGUGAAGCAGCAGGCGGUGGCCCUGCUAUCGCAUUCAGACCAAUCUGUGUUCUUCAGGUGUCGCAUGGACGCAUACCAGGACACACUCUACACCCAUUCCCUUAGGCAGUUCUACAGGGAGUGUGACAUCUUGGGCACAGUCGAUUUCAUUUUUGGGAACGCAGCGGUUAUCUUCCAGAACUGCAACAUUCUGGCAAGGCUCCCACUGCUAGGCCAAGAAAACACUCUCACGGCUCAGGGAAGGUUCGACCCAAACCAGAACACAGGCACCUCCAUCCAGAACUGCAAUAUUGCUGCGGCAGAGAACCUGAAGAGCACACAGACAUACCUGGGGAGGCCAUGGAAGAAUUAUUCCACCACAAUAUACAUGGAAUCAUGGGUAGGAGGAUUCAUCAACCCAGCUGGAUGGCUCCCAUGGGUGGGUAACACAGCUCCCAACACCAUCUUCUAUGCUGAAUACAACAAUGUGGGACCCGGUUCUUCCACAAAGAAUAGGGUGAAGUGGAAGGGGUUGAAGACAUCUCUUUCCGCCUCUCAAGCCAAUAAAUUUACUGUAAAUUCCUUCAUCGGUGGGGGUAGAUGGAUCUACGGUGCAGGGGUGCCUUUCAAAGCCGGCUUGUGA